AUGAGCCUAACCCCGUCUUCCACGACUUCAAAACAAACUACGCAAAUGGCAAGGGACGAAGCCGACCAAAAAGCGCGCUCUGUGCUGUUUAACAAAAUGACUUAUCACGCCUUCAUUGAGAUGCAGCUGAUGGGAAAGAAAGCGCAGUUAUUCAGUACUUCGACUUAG